CAUGUAAUAAAGAUUCUUUUUUGUUUCCAUGAAAGCUACAAACUUGACCACACAAAUUUAGAUCUGGCCAUCUGGGUUCCCAAAUUCCCAAAAGGGUAUGCGAUUUUAGGUCAUAAUUUUCAAUCUUGAUACAAUCGGACAAAUUAAAAAGUCCCAAAUUUCCGAUUUCACAUCCAGCGAAAGUGAAAGCAUAAACGCUACGCAUCGAAUUGCGACAGAGUCCUUAUUCUUCUUGUUCUUUUUCAACCAAAAGUGUCAAAUACGUUUCAUUGGUCCGCUAUUUUACUCUCGUCUACAGGAAUUUACGCUUAUAAAUAGCGGCUUGUUUGAGAUUUGGCUUCAAUUUCAUUCUUCUGUUUAUUAUUCUUAUCAUUGUUGUUGGAGUAUGACGGUUGGGGAGCCACGGAAUGGUAAGGAUAUUAUAUACGACGCCGUUUCCGGUGCCUCUGCAGGGGCUAUUGCUGCGACGAUAAUGAGCCCGUUGGACGUGAUCAAAACAAGAUUGCAAGUUUAUGGCCUGCCUGAUGUUUCCAGGAAUAAAGGUGGUGUAAUCGUCAGUAGCCUACAAACGAUUAUAAGAAACGAGGGAUUGAGGGGAUUAUAUCGGGGCCUUUCACCAACAUUAGCUGCACUACUUCCAAACUGGGCUGUCUAUUUUGCCGUUUAUGGGCAACUUAAAGAGCUUCUUGAUUCACAUGGUGAUGGUCAUGGGCAUCUUACGUUCGGGGCGAACAUGGUAGCCGCUUCUGGUGCCGGAGCCGCCACCGCGAUCACCACAAAUCCAUUGUGGGUCGUAAAGACAAGACUUCAAACGCAAGGGAUGAGAGUCGGUGUAGUUCCAUAUACAAGCAUAUCUUCAGCCUUGAGGCGUAUUGUUCAUGAGGAAGGCUUUAAAGGGUUGUACAGUGGACUCCUGCCUUCCCUUGCGGGUAUUAGUCAUGUUGCUAUCCAGUUUCCAGCGUACGAGAAGAUCAAACUCUACUUGGCGGAAAGGGAUCAUACAACUACUAGCGGUCUAAGCCCAGGGAAGCUUGCAAUUGCUUCUUCAAUGUCCAAAAUUCUUGCUUCCUUACUAACUUACCCACACGAGGUGAUUCGUUCAAGGCUUCAAGAACAAGGGCACAUGAGGAACCCGGAAACACAUUACGCAGGCGUUGUUGAUUGCGUAAAGAAAGUUUUUCAAAAAGAAGGCGUGACGGGUUUCUACAGAGGGUGUGGAACUAAUCUUUUAAGAACCACACCAUCGGCCGUGAUAACUUUCACGAGUUAUGAGAUGAUUAACAGAUUUUUGCAGCAUGUUCUUCCUCCUCACGGUAAUACGCCUUCUAAACCUGAUGAUGGCCAGACGAAACCGAAUCGAGAAGUGAAAUCGAAUGAUGUCAAUGAUUUAAGGACGUCUAAAAUGAUCUAAUCAUACUGCUACAACAAGUUUUCAGUGAUUGGAAUGAUGUUCUUGAAUUUUCAAUGAAAACAAUUUGAUGAUGAUGAUGAAGAAGAAGAAGACUAUGAAUAAUUGUAGGUGACACCAUUUUGGUUUUUUAUAAUUUUGUUACUUUUUUUAAAUAAAAGGAAUUAGUUUACAUUUGUGUUUUUUUAUAUUGUUUGAAUAUUUGAGUCAAGUUAAGUGUAGCCUUAUUUUUAAAUUUUGGGAGAAGGAUUGACUGAUUUAAGACUAGGGUACAGACGUUAAAGCAUGGUGUACAAGCUAAUUCGGCUUGAUUUUCUAAAUCGGUAAAACGUUUAUGCUUUGCA